CCAGCCUCUACCAGGGAGGCCAGGGAGCUCGGGCUCUCUGUCCGGCCCUGGGCCCCACAGCACCUCUGUCCUGCCCUCCGUCUCUGACUCUGUGGCUGGCCCUCUUCUCUGCUCUCAGCGGCCGUUCUCUCCCUGUGGCUCCCCGCAUUUCUGAGCAUCUCCCCAUCUCUCUGCCUGAGGCACGUGUUGUCCUGCCCAACCCAAGAGUCAGGCCCCCGGGCAGCCGGCCUGCAGCAGGAAUGGCCAUGAAGAGGCUGAUCGUAGCGCUGAUUCUGGUGGCUGCAGCCCCGGCCGAGGAGCAGAAUAAGGUGCUGCACGGCGGCCCCUGUGAGCAGACAUCUCACCCCUACCAAGCUGCCCUCUAUGUCUCUGGCCACCUGCUCUGUGGCGGGGUCCUUAUCCAUCCCCUGUGGGUCCUCACCGCUGCUCAUUGCAAAAAACCGAAUCUUCAGGUCUAUCUGGGGAAGCACAACCUUCAGCAAAGGGAGAGUUUCCAGGAGCAGAGUUCUGUUGUCCGGACCGUGGUCCACCCUGGCUACAAUGCCGCCACCCAUGACCAGGACAUCAUGCUGCUGCACCUGUCGCAUCCAGCUCGACUCUCUGAACACAUCCAGCCCCUGGCCCUGGAAAGAAACUGCUUGGCCAACUACACCAGCUGCCACAUCCUAGGCUGGGGCAAGACGGCAGAGGGUGAUUUCCCUAACACCAUCCAGUGUGCAUACCUCCACCUGGUGCCCCGGAAGGAGUGUGAGCGUGCCUACCCUGGCCAGAUCACCCAGAACAUGGUGUGUGCCGGGGAUGAGAAGUAUGGGAAGGAUUCCUGCCAGGGUGAUUCUGGGGGUCCACUCGUGUGUCGUGACCAUCUCCGAGGCCUGGUGUCAUGGGGUAACGUCCCCUGUGGAUCCAAGGAGAAGCCGGGGGUCUACACUGACGUCUGCAGAUACGGCCACUGGAUCCAAAAAACCAUUCAGGCCAACUGACCCUAUCAUGUGACUUCCAAUUCUUGAGCUGCCCCCCCACCCCACCUACCCAGACUCAACCCUUAAUGCUUAAUAAAGGCAGUGACACCACAGCACAGAAACUCCCUGAUUUUACCCCAGCCCCAUCCUUGCAUCACGGCAGGGUGAGCAGGGAUGUGGGCUGAGAUCCCACCCCCGCCCCUAAGAGAAGACAGAAUAAUGCCCUCCAAGCCUCUCUCCCUCCUUGAUUUUUCCACGGGCUUGAUUUCUUUCUGCGGAGGAGUGGUCCCAAGUCGGGCCAAAUCCCAGUUGGGGGUCCCAGCUCUGCCUCUUGCCUCCCUUCACCGUACAGAUUUUCUCAUCUGUCGAACAAGCAUAAUAUCGUUGAUUCCUCAUAAGAAGGUGGCUUUGGGGAGAUUCAAGGUUGUGAACAUGUGACACAUCCAAGAGUGCCUGGCACCCCGGGGUGAACAAUAAAGAGUGACUUUUA